AGCAAAACAGUGUAACAAACCCUUCCUUGCUAACACAUUGACACGUGUACUCCCUAUUUAUACAUUGCUAACACAUUGCUACCAAAUAAAGCUUAAUAACCAAUCUCAUUAGAAAUUUGUAGCAUUUGGUUAGUUCUCAAGUUUCUCCUUCUCAGUUUGGUUUCAAGUUUGCAGCAUUUGGUUACUUCUCAAGUUUCUCCUUCUCAGUUUGGUUUCAAGUUUGCAGCAUUUGGUUACUUCUCAAGUUUCUCCUUCUCAGUUUGGUUUCGGCAAUCCCAAGGUCAUGCAAUAAAAUGAAGUUCCUGUUUUCUCAUUGGUUGAUAAGUGAUUUGGAGGAUCACCAUGUUGGAUUAGACAUGCAUAAAGUAUGUUAAACUUUCCCGCUCUUUUAACACAUUUCAAUAGCAACUUUUUAUUACAAUUUCUUGGUCUGCCUUUCGAGCAGCUGGUAGUGUAUAUAUACAUGUUUGUUGCACAAGAUUGUGUAGAAGGUGUACACACUUUUAGAUGGCCACGCUUAGUAUUUCAAAUAGUGCAACCCAUGGAGUUGAUCGUGUGGCAGACAUCAACCCGUCUAAACUAGAAUGGUCCGUGGUGGUGGGCGUUGUUCGACUGUACGAGGUUCCGAGUCAGUGGAAUCCGGAUGAAGCUUUUAGCAUCGAGAUGAUCCUUCAGGAUGAACGGGGUGAUCGGAUCCAUUGUAGUGUACCGAGGAACAGCAUUGUGAUAUUUAGGAGUGUUAUCCGCGAGCAUGAAAUCUAUUCCAUGAAGAACUUCAUUGUGCAAGGCUAUGGAAAGUCAGUGAGGACUACACCUCACAAAUAUAAACUAAGUUUUUAUAUGAAAACGUCUGUGUCUAGACUCACCCCUGACACAUUUGUUUUCAACCCGUUUCGAUUCACAAAGUAUGAAGAAAUUGAGGCAAUGGCUUCAGUUGUCGCUCAAAACCACUUGAUCGAUUGCAUUGGUCAUGUGGUAGCUAAAGAAGAUGCAAGAGAUUUGGUUACCAAAACUGGGCAACACACUAAACGCAUGGUGGUUUACUUGGAGGAUUUAGAGUUUGUUUUCUUGAUUCUCCUUUUGUUGUUGAAUGAAUUUUGACGUGGUUAUAAUCUUUUUUAUAUUAGCUGUUUUUGUGUCACUUUGGUGGUGUUCUUAUUGAUGCAUUCUGCCUGUGUUUUUAGGGGACAUAAGAUGAAGUGUACUCUAUUUGGCACCUUUGUUGAUGAAGUGGUUACAUUCUUGCAUAGGCCAGAUUGUGAGCCAUUAGUUAUGGUUGCCCAGCUUUUUAAACCAUAUGUAUAUUUGAAUGAUGUUAACAUCCAAAGUAGCUUUGACCCUUCUCGAGUAUAUUGUAAUGCUGACUUCCCUGCUGUUAUUAGUUUCAAGAAGAGGUAUGCAAAAAAUGAAAAAAAGGGAAGGUCAAUUCCUUUAGUUUUUUCUCCAUAUAUGCAUAAUUUUUUUUAACAAUAAAAACUGUGCUGUGUUAUGUUCAAUAUUUUUUGUGUUAUGUAGUUUACUUGAGCAAGGUGAUCUAGCUUCUCAGAGAAUCAAUCUUAUCGAGAGUCAUGGCCAACCUUCCGUCUCUGAUGAAAUAUCUCGAGGAACAAUUCCAAUCAAGUCAAUGGAAGAAGUUCUCAACUUGGACCAUGAGACAUCAUGUUGGGUUGUUGGUACCAUAGUUUCUGUCGAUGUGGGUUUGAAGGAUUGGUUCUACGUAUCGUGCAACACAUGUCCCAGAAAAGUGCAGCCAAAUAAGGACCGCUAUUGGUGUGAUCAUUGUAGAAAGGUUGGGUUUAAUGGUGCUCUGAGAUAUCGUCUUGCUGUCAUCCUUACUGAUGGUACCGGUUGUAUUAAGGUGACCUUAUGGAAUUCAGAAGCCAAGACUAUUGUUGGCAAAUCAGCCAGUGAAAUACGUGAUCCGACUGAUACAUACCCGGGAAGUUCGUAUCCGAAAGCUUUCGAUGCGAUUGUUGAAAGGAAGUAUUUGUUUAAAUUGUCUGUGACGUAUCGGAAUAUCAGGUCGGUUGACCAGCCUUACAAUGUAGUUAAGAUAAGUGAUGAUGAGUCGCUGAUAGGCCUUUAUUCGACGGAAUCUUCGACUUCCGUUAAUAUUGGGGCAAGGGUUCACAGUUUUACAACCAGUUUGGGUGGUGGUUCUCAUGAAGGGGAUCAAAGUUUUAGUGCCACUUUGGAUGGUUCUUGCCAAUUGGAAACUGAAUCAGAAGCAAAUGCGUUGGGUUUUAUAUCUGCAUUGAAGGACUCCCCAACUGAAAGCAAAUGUGAAAGCGUCCAUGCCAGUCCCGUUAAGUCGGUGGUCGGUGAGGUUGUUGACAAUGCUAUCACGGUAGGGAUAUGUACUCCAGAUGGUCAAGGUUCCAGCAACAAGACAUUUAAAAGAAACACUGGAAAGAGGAAGCUAGAGUAAUCUUAGUUUGAGUUGUUUUGCAUAAGGGUGAAUUGAGGAAUUAAUGUUGUAAAACUAAUGUUAAAUAUGUUAUAUUACAUGUUGUUGCUUUAGUAGUGUAAUGUCAAGUACAUGGGAAUUAAGUUCAAGGUGUUGUAAGUUCUAAUUAGUUAGGGGUUGAAUGAUGAAGGUAGGUGUAAGUGGGUGCAA